AUGGAGGCCAUGCUUAGAACAAUGGCACGAGCCGUGUCCUAUGCCAAGAAGGCCAGGCUUACAAGGAACACCUACACGAACAGGUACCAAAAGGAAAGUUGCAUGGAGGACCUAGUGGGAGAAGUGGGUAGAGAUAGACAGAGAGAGGAUUUGGACAAGGCCUACAAUGAAGUAUGCUGGAUUCCUGAUCAACGGUCCGGCAUCUAUUAUCCCAAGGGGCAAGAGCGAAUCAUGGAAGAUGCAUUUCAUGUGCAGGAAAUCCUUAUGUCCCCAAAUUUCCGUAAAAUAAUUGCCCAUGCGGAGAACCAAUGGGAAUGGAACUCCAUCCUCAAAAUCACUCUCAUGGUUUCUUCCUUCCUCUUUGUUGCCUUGGCCUGCGUCUUCAUCUCCAUGGACCAAGUCCAGCUCCACUCUCUCAUCAAUGCCGGUCGCUCUGCCUUCUCCUCUAUCACAAACCCUAACCCUAACUCUCUCUCUCCAACCCCAAACUCCACAAUCUCACCACCUGAAUUCCGACUGUUGAUCGGAAUCCUUACCCUUCCUGGCAACUACUUUCGCCGUUAUUUGCUCCGCUUAGUCUAUGGUACUCAGAGCACCGGCCGGGCACAAAUCGACAUCAAGUUCGUCUUCUGCAACAUAACCAACGAAGACGAUCGUGUGAUCGUAGCCCUCGAAAUCAUGCGACACGAUGAUAUCAUUAUCCUCAAUUGCACUGAAAACAUGAACGAUGGGAAAACAUACACUUACUUCUCUAGCCUGCCUGAGAUCUUACCUGAACCGUACGAUUACGCAAUGAAGGCCGACGAUGACAUAUACUUCAGGCUUGACAGAUUAGCAAAGUCUUUAGAGCCGCUACCUAGAUUUGAUAUGUAUUAUGGGUUUGUUAUUCCUUGUGAAAGCAUGGACCCAUUUUUCCAAUAUAUGUCAGGUAUGGGAUUUAUUUUAUCAUGGGACUUAGUAGAAUGGGUAAGAAAAUCCAGCAUAGCAAGAAAUCACAAGGAUGGGCCUGAGGAUAUGGUGGUUGGAGAUUGGUUAAGAGAGGGAAAUAAAGCUAGGAAUAGGUUUAAUAACAAGCCAGCAAUGUAUGAUUAUCCAAUACCUGUGCCUAUUGAUACUUGCUCUCAUGAGUUUAUUCCUGAUACAAUAGCGGUUCAUAGGCUCAAGGACAACGAUAAGUGGGUUCGGACCCUGAGGUAUUUCAAUGCCACAGAUGGGCUCAAGCCUUCAAAGUUGUACCAUUUGCCUUAG